AUAAGUGGCUACUUUAUCGCCGCUUGUUCUUCAAACUUCAACAUGACACUAGUCUAGUUGUUGAAAGGCAUCUUAUCUAGCGCUCCUGAUUGUGGUGUAAUCUACGAACGGUUGAGCUGAAGCUAGAAUUGAUUUGAAGGCACGAAAUUCAUUUGUGUAGGUAUUGUCUACAGAAUGUAGAGAGUUGCUUUCAUACGAAAAAAAAAUCCUUGGGCGGCUGCGGCGCUUCUGAGAGGGCGGCGCGAGAAAGGCUUUCCCUUUCGUGUCUGCAUAUGGCGCACCUUUGGGUACUUCUGCUGUUGUGCGUUUAUUUCGGUCGGUCAAGAACAAGAUUGGGAUCAUUCAUCCUGAGCAUUGAGUGCGUUUUUUGUUUUAAGUUUUCGAAUUUCAUCGGUAUUUCGAACGGUCAACCUGCUCUGGUCGGUGUCGCCGAUCCACUGUCCACUAUCAUCUGA